AUGAAUGAUGAAAAAGUUUUAAAGAUUUAUCAAGCUUCAAGUGAAAAUCAUCAAAAUGAUCCAAAUUUCCCAAAUGCUGAUUGGACUUAUCUACAUCAAGUUUUAAAUGGUGAAAUCAACUAUACUGAAAAUUUUGAAGAAAAUUUCAAGGCAAAAUUAUUAGCUUCUUUGAUCUAUUACCAUUCUCCAUACCCUGAAGUUCGUGCUGUCACUGAUUUAUACAAUGAUCCAAAUGAACCAGUGGAAACCAUCAGAUCCUACACAAUCGCAAUCAUUUGGUUAAUCAUCUCCACAGGUAUCAGAGAAUUCUUUUAUCAUAGACAACCUGCCAUUGCUCUUAGUGUCGGUGUUGUUUCCAUCUUGAUGUAUCCAUGUGGUAAAGCUUGGGAAUACAUUAUGCCAAACAUCAAAAUCGGGAAAUUACCAUUGAAUCCAGGUCCUUACUCUUACAAAGAACAAAUGUUUGCCACUACCAUUGUCACUGUUGGUUCUCAAAGUGUUUAUGUCUCUUCAAAUAUCGUUACUCAAAUCAAAUUUUAUCACCAGGAUUGGGUCACUUUUGGGUAUCAAGUCCUAUUAACUCUAUCUACCCAGACUAUGGGGUUUGCAUUUGCUGGUAUUUUGAGAAAAUUUGUUAUUUAUCCUGAACGUGCAUUAUGGCCAACUAAUUUACCUUCAUUAGCUUUGAAUCGUGCCUUAUUGAAACCUGAAAGAAAAGAAAUCAUUAAUGGUUGGAAAAUUACCAAAUAUAAAUUCUUUUGGAUUUGCUUCUGUGGUAUGUUUGUUUAUAAUUGGAUCCCAACUUAUUUGUUCAAUGCUUUAUCCACAUUCAGUUGGUUGACUUGGAUCUCUCCAAAUAAUUUCAAUUUGGAUGUUGUUACAGGUUUUAAUGGUGGGUUAGGUUUAAACCCAAUCCCAACUUUUGAUUGGAACGUUGUCAGUUACUUAAUUUCUCCAUUAGUCUUGCCAUUCUAUGUCAGUAUGAAUGUCUUUGCAGGUAUGGUUUUGUCAUUUUUCGUUAUUUUGGCAAUCUAUUAUACAAAUACAAAAUGGUCAGCUUAUUUACCAAUCAAUUCAAAUUCUGUCUUUACAAACACUGGUGAAUCUUUUGAAGUGCAAGAAAUCUUGACUAAUGGGUUAUUAGAUCUUGAAAAAUAUCAAAACUAUUCUCCUCCUUUUUACACUGCUGGUAAUUUGGUUGUUUAUGCUGUUUUUUUCUUGUUCUAUCCAUUAUCUUUUGUUUACAACACUUGGAAAGAAUGGGAUACUAUUAAAUUUGCAUUGAAAUUUAUGUAUAAUGAUACAAAGGAACAAUUCCAAAAUUUCACCGUGGGGAAAUUUGAUGAUCCACAUUCAAGAAUGAUGGCAAGAUAUAAAGAAACCCCUGAUUGGUGUUAUUGGUGUAUCCUUAUUGUUUCCUUGGUGCUUGCAAUCUUAUGUGUCAAGAUUUAUCCAGAAACUAAAACUCCUGUUUGGGGUAUUUUCUUUGCUAUUGGUAUCAAUUUUGUGUUUUUAAUUCCUUUAUGUUUGCUUUAUGCCGUGACUGGUAUUCAAAUGGGGUUGAACGUCUUGGUGGAAUUGAUUGUUGGUUAUGCCCUACCAGGUAAUGGUGUUGCACUAAUGACUAUUAAAGCUCUUGGUUAUAACAUUGAUGGUCAAGCUGAUAAUUUUGUCUCUUCUCAAAAAAUGGCACAUUAUGCUAAAAUCCCAGCAAGAGCUCUAUUCAGAGGUCAAUUGAUUGGUGUUAUUAUUCAAUGUUUUGUGUUUUUAGGUGUUGUUAAUUGGUCAUUAUCAAAUAUUGAAGGAUUAUGUGAAGUUCAUCAAAAGCAAAAAUUCACUUGUCCACAAGAGAGAACUUUCUAUAGUGCUUCUGUUUUAUGGGGUGUUAUUGGUCCUAAAAGAGUGUUUGAUGGGUUAUAUCCAAUCCUAAGAUGGGCUUUCUUAAUUGGAUUCUUACUUGCCCUAUUAUUAAUUGUGGUGAAGAAAUAUUUCCCUAAAUACUUCCCAUCUUUCAUUGAACCUCAAGUUUUCGCCUAUGGUAUGAUUUCUUAUGCUCCAUAUAACUUGUCCUAUAUCGUUUCUGGUGUUUACACUUCAUUUGCAUUCAUGUACAUUAUCAGAAGAAGAUAUUUGGCUUGGUUUGAGAAAUACAACUAUGUGUUAUCUUCAGCUUUUGAUGCUGGUGUGGCUUUUUCAGCUGUGAUUAUCUUCUUUGCAGUGCAAUACCAUGCAAAGAACUUGAGCUGGUGGGGAAAUAAUGUUGUUUAUGAAGGUAUUGAAGGUGGUGAAGGUCAACAGUCUUUGAAAGAUAUCACUGAGAGUGUUAGAGGUUAUUUCGGUCCUUCAAAAGGUUCUUUCCCAUAA